CCUUUUUUGAUGGGUGGGCUGUGGAGAAAGAAAUGUCAUUGCUUGCUGCUAUAAAUAAUCCCGCAGCAUCAUUGUGGGCCGACCUCGGUCGCACUGCUCAUUGCCAUCCCCUCAGGGGACAAGUUAGUGUCGACCCAACUAUGAGCGACUUCAGGCGCAAUCCCAGAUAUUACCACGAACGGACCCAACCUGGCUGACAUCAUUGCGUCUGGUGAUAUAGAUAGAUCCGUAGUACCUCCUCCUUCCUCUUCACAUCCAUUUGGAGCCGCCUGUGUGUGUAGUCAGUGGCACUUAAUCACAGAGCGCAGCAAGGCAGGAGGCGGACCGUCGGGCGUGAACGAAAUAGUAACGGCGAACCGGAGAGGCGGCAGUGUGCGGGACAACGCGGGCAGAGGAGCUAUCCAGAGAACGUCUCCAGAACGUCUCCUCUCGGGUUUUAGCCCCCCUCCUCUUACUUUAUCCGUGCACCGGAUCGCGCCGUGCAGUUUUGCUCUCCGUCCCGACCCACCAAGUCUCGCUCUGCCGCCGGAGCUUCCGUGGAAAUGUCCAAAAAAAGAACAGCCGAGCCGGAGUCCCGGGUGAAACACGAAGAUGCUCUGGGCACCGCGACUCGCCUCUCUCGUUUCUCCCUGGAGUCUGUAGAAUGAAGGCGACUUAAAUUGAAAAGAAGAAGAAGAAGAAAAAGUCAAUAGCAGAGCGCAAAAGAUGUCGGUGCCUUUGCUGAAGAUCGGCGUCGUGCUGAGCACCAUGGCGAUGAUUACCAACUGGAUGUCGCAGACCCUCCCCUCUUUGGUGGGGCUCAACACCACCAGGCUCACGGCGGCGCAGGGAGGGUACCCAGACCGGAGCACAGGAGUGUUGCCAGCAAACCCAGAGGAGUCGUGGCAGGUGUACAGUUCAGCCCAGGAUAGCGAGGGAAGGUGUGUCUGCACUGUGGUGGCACCCCAGCAGUCCAUGUGCUCACGAGAUGCCCGUACCAAACAACUGAGGCAGCUGCUGGAGAAGGUCCAGAACAUGACCCAGUCCAUCCAGGUGCUGGACCAGCGCACCCAGAGGGACCUGCAGUAUGUAGAGAAGAUGGAAGUUCAGCUUCGUGGUCUGGAGACCAAGUUUAGGCAGGUGGAGGAGAACCAUAAGCAGAACAUCGCCAAGCAAUACAAGGCCAUAAAAGCGAAAAUGGAGGAGCUUAGACCGUUGAUACCAGUGUUGGAGGAGUACAAAGCCGAUGCCAAAUUGGUAUUGCAGUUUAAGGAGGAGGUCCAGAAUCUGACGUCAGUUCUAAGCGAACUUCAGGAGGAGAUGGGGGCCUAUGACUACGAGGAGCUCCACAACAGAGUGUCAAAUCUUGAGGAGAGACUCCGAGCAUGCAUGCAAAAAUUAGCAUGCGGCAAACUGACGGGCAUCAGUGACCCCAUCACCAUCAAGACGUCCGGAUCCAGGUUUGGCUCCUGGAUGACUGACCCUCUGGCUCCUGAAGGAGAUACUCGGGUCUGGUACAUGGAUGGCUACCAUAACAACCGCUUCGUGCGGGAGUACAAGUCUAUGCAUGACUUCAUGACGGCAGACAACUUCACGUCCCACCGGCUCCCCCACCCGUGGUCAGGAACAGGUCAGGUAGUCUACAAUGGCUCCAUCUACUUCAACAAAUUCCAGAGCCACGUCAUCAUCAAGUUUGACUUCCGCACCUCCUCCAUCAGCAAGUCCCGGCAGCUUGACUACGCAGGCUUCAAUAAUGCGUAUCACUAUGCCUGGGGAGGGCAUUCUGACAUUGACCUCAUGGUGGACGAGGGAGGACUGUGGGCUGUCUACGCCACCAAUCAGAAUGCCGGGAAUAUUGUUAUCAGCAAGCUGAACCCCAACACGUUGCAGAUCAUCAAGAGCUGGACCACCAACCACCCCAAACGGAGUGCCGGCGAGUCUUUUAUGAUCUGUGGCACGUUGUAUGUGACCAAUGGCUACUCGGGAGGCACCAAAGUCUACUAUGCCUACUCCACCAACUCCUCUACUUACGAGUACAUCGACAUUGCCUUCCAGAAUAAGUACUCACAUAUCUCCAUGUUGGACUAUAACCCACGUGACCGUGCACUCUACGCUUGGAACAAUGGUCACCAGGUUCUCUACAACGUCACACUUUUCCAUGUCAUCCGCUCAGAGGAACUGUAACCAUGAACAUGGAUCGAACACCAUAAAUGCAUAUUGUCUGUAAAGGAAAUCUCACUAUAUACAAAAAUAUAUCUGCUCCAAGAGACUCUAUGGCAAGACCAUUCUAUUUAUGAUAUCAAAGAAUUUCUGAAAGACUGUAUCAACAGUGAAUGCAAAGUAGAGUGAAUGUGCAUAUGAAAAAAUAUCUAAAACUGAAGGGUUUCAUUCCAAAAUGUGAUAAAUCACAAACAAGAAAAAGAAGCCGUAUCUGUUAUUAUCACAGAUGAUUGUGUCAAAAGCAAAACAUUUUUGUAAAUAAAAGGUCGUAACAUGACUUCUUAGUCUUAGUAGACUUUAUUUUAAUAGCUGCCAUAAUUUUGUUAAAGGGUCUUUUAUUUUGGAAUGAAACUCUUUAAUUGUUUGCCAUAUAGAAAAUGACUGUAAAAGUAGAUAUAAAUAUAUCAGAUUUAAAAGAAUAAGAACAGAUGCCAUAAAAAAAUCAAAACAAAAAAAACACACGCCUUUUUUUAUAUCAUGGAAUAUCAACCUAAGCUCAUUCCUGUGGCUCCAGUUCUUCUGCAGAAAUCCUCCCGGCUGAACUUUUCUUUCGGUCAUUGGGGGUCCUGAAACGAAGACUGUUAUAAUAAACUGUUGGAUCCCCGUGUCCCAUGGACAUAACGUUAAAAAAAAA